CAAGACUGAGGCGCUAGGAGGUGGCGCUGUGGAAGUGUCCGGGGAUUUCGGGCAGCAUGAACUGCUGUGGGCUUUUCUUGCGCACUGCAGCGGUGCGUGCCUGGCCGGCUCUCGUGGCCUUCACGGUGAGGCGGCGCUCGCUACGCACCAGUCUGCAAACCCGAGCCUUCGCCAAGGAGCUCUUCCUGGGUAAAAUCGAGAAGGAAGAAGUUUUCCCAUUUCCAGAAGUUAGCCAAGAUGAACUUAAUGAAAUCAAUCAGUUUGUGGGACCCAUAGAAAAAUUCUUCACUGAAGAAGUGGACUCUCGAAAAAUUGACCAAGAGGGGAAAAUCCCAAAGGAAACUUUAGAGAAGCUGAAGAGCCUGGGGCUUUUUGGCAUGCAAGUCCCAGAAGAAUAUGGUGGCCUGGGCCUUUCCAACACCAUGUAUGCACGGCUACAGGAAAUUGUCAGCCUGGACGGGUCGAUCGCUAUGACCCUGGAAGCACACCAGGCUAUAGGCCUCAAGGGAAUCAUCUUGGCCGGCAGUGAGGAGCAGAAGGCCAGAUACCUGCCCAAACUGGCAUCUGGGGAGCACGUUGCCGCCUUCUGCCUGACAGAGCCAGCCAGGUCUGCCCUUGGCGCGAACUGCCAUGGAAUAGCGUCUCCCAGGGGCAUGGAAGGAGGGCUAAAGUUUGUGCUGAAUAGUGGGAGUGAUGCUGCCUCCAUCCAGACCAGGGCCUCGUUAAGUGAAGAUAAAAAGCACUACAUCCUCAGCGGCUCCAAGGUCUGGAUCACCAAUGGAGGACUUGCCAAUAUUUUUACUGUGUUUGCUAAAACCAACGUUGAUUCUGACAGCUCAGUAAAAGACAAAAUUACAGCAUUUAUAGUAGAGAGAGACUUUGGUGGAGUAACUAACGGGAAGCCUGAGGAUAAGUUAGGUAUCCGUGGCUCCAACAUUUGUGAAGUCCAUUUUGAAAACACCAAGGUGCCUGUUGAAAAUGUUCUAGGAGAAGUUGGAGGUGGGCUAAAGGUGGCCAUGAACAUCCUCAACAGUGGGCGGUUCAGCAUGGGCAGCUCUGUGGCUGGGAUGCUCAAGAAAUUGAUCGAAAUGACUGCUGAAUAUGCCUGCACGAGGAAACAGUUCAACAGGAACCUCAGUGAAUUUGGAUUAAUUCAGGAAAAAUUUGCCUUGAUGGCUCAGAAGACUUAUGUAAUGGAAAGUAUGGCCUACCUCACUGCCGGAAUGCUGGAUCAACCAGGGUUUCCUGACUGCUCCAUUGAGACUGCCAUGGUGAAGGUGUUCAGCUCAGAGGCUGCCUGGCAGUGUGUGAGUGAAGCCCUGCAGAUCCUUGGAGGCUCAGGCUACGUGAGGGACUACCCCUACGAGCGCAUGCUGCGUGACGCCCGCAUCCUGCUCAUCUUUGAGGGAACCAAUGAGAUUCUCCGGAUGCACAUUGCCCUGACAGGCCUGCAGCAUGCUGGCCGCAUCCUGACUGCAAGGAUCAAUGAACUUAAACGGGGUAAUGUGACCACUGUCUUGGAUACUGUUGGCCGGCGGCUUCGGGACUCCUUGGGUCGAACCGUGGACUUGGGGCUGACGGGGAAUCUUGGAGCUGUACACCCCAGUGUUGCGGACAGCGCCAGAAAGCUCGAGGAGAACGUGUAUUACUUUGGGCGCACCGUGGAGACGUUGCUGCUCCGCUUUGGCAAGACCAUUGUGGAAGAGCAGAUGGUCUUGAAGCGUGUGGCCAACAUCCUCAUCAACCUGUAUGGCAUGACAGCUGUGCUGUCUCGUGCCAGCCGCUCAAUGCGAGCAGGACUUCGGAACCAUGACCAUGAGGUUCUGCUGGCCAACAUCUUCUGCACGGAAGCUUAUUCCCAGAAUCUCUUCACCUUAUCUCAGCUGGACAAGUAUUCUCCAGAAAAUCUAGAUGAACAGAUCAAGAAAGUGUCUCAGCAGAUCCUAGAGAGGCGAGCAUACAUCUGUGCCCAUCCUCUGGACCGUACAUCCUGAGGGACGGUGUUCUCUGCUGCUGCCAUCCCGUAGGCCACAGGACAUUGCUGAACAACUCUCACUUUUUCCAGAAGAUGUAGAACCUGGAAUUAUUUCAAGUUGAACUAUUGCUUCCCAGUCUUCAUCUGAAGGUCUUUCUCCUGGCCUGAGGGAGCCUUUUCCAGACCUGACCUCUGGGCACUGCUGCCUGACAUGAUCCCAGGUUCUAAACAGAGAUGAAGAGAGAGAGAAUGGAGUUUCUGAGACCUGGGAUUGGAGGAUGUGCUAUCAGUUUAGGAAACCUUGCAAUGGAAACCGCAGCCUGUGCUGCUACCUCUGUGGCAGGAGCCUGUGGGGCCUGUUUCAGGCAUGGAUGACCAUUUCUACUAGACUACACAUUACCCAAGAAACAGCUUAAAAGCUGUAUGUGUGCCAUUCAGACUAGGGUCAAGGUGCACUAAAAACAUGUACUAGGAAACAUUUAACAGAGGGGAAUAUAAAAUGGCACAGUUUGUAUUUACCCUUCUGGUCAUGUUUGUCCUCAGAACCAGCCUUUAAUGGAAGACAGCAUGACCCUAACAACCACUCUUUGGUGAUGGCUUCCAGUCCCUUUUGUCCUCACCCUGCAAGAAGAAGGCCCUGAAAGCUGAGGAGCAGGUGGCCACUGCAGAGCCAUGGGGGUUACGAGUCCUGUUUUUUAUCUCUCUCAGGUGAUGAUGGGUGGAAAACAGCAUUGCUUGCUUGUUACCUGACAACAUAUGCUUUUUUCCACCUGA